GUUCCUUUUGGUGGCUGGACUGCGCACCAUGGCUGGUAUGGGAAGCAUCUACAGCAUAAUGAAUUCAGGCAGACUGGUACUAGUUGUUAUUCUUGCUCGAAUAUUUCUCAAGGAAAGGAUCAACUUUAUCAAAUUAUUUACAGUUAUUAUCAGUAUAGCUGGGAUCAUAUCUGUGACUCAACCUGAUCUGAUUUUCAAAUAUGUUAAAUCUAGUGUUUUGUUACGACGAUUGUGGACAGAAAGUGCUUCAGGAAUCGAUGACCACAUUACAAAUACUAGCGCUACAACCAUUGGCACUACCAAUAUCUGUCCUACAAACUCAAGUAUAAGCACUCUAAACUCAAGCAAUGGUACUACCAAUGUACCAGAAAGUAUUCCACCAAUUUGGCAGGGAUACAUAAUUGUGUUUAUAGAUGCAGUCAAUGUUAGCAUAUUGACAAUAAGUACUAGUACAUUGAUUAAGAAAACCACAUCGUCUCCAGAGAUGUUUUUCAAUAUGAGUGCUGUUGGGAUAUUUCUCACUGGCAUAGGGAUAUGCUUUGAAGGCUUCAAGACACCAAAAAACCUCCAUGAUGUCUUAUGUAUCAUUGGCUUCACAGUCGGGAGCAUUGGCUACAAUAUUGGAUAUAUAAUAACAAUGAAACUAAUACCAGCAUCACUUGCUUCUAUUCUCUUCACAUUCACUAUUGUCCUUGGAGUAAUCUUACAGUAUACCAUCUUCCAUAGUAGCUACAGUGGACAUGCCAAUAUAUUAGAGAUACUAGGAUGUUGUUUGGUUAUUAUCAGUAUUCUAUUGAUACCUGUUCAAAACAUUUGUCUAGAUGAGAAUAAUAAACACAAAAAAGCAACAUUACAACAGGUUAUGAUACGUACAAACAAAGACGUGGUUUUGACAAAAUCUAAGACUUUUGAAUUUCCACAACUUUACAAAUCGAAUGAAUAAAACUAUGUGUUAAGGUAUUUCUGUAUUCCAGAGGGAGUUUGGGAGUUCGAACCCCUUUGGCUAAAAAUUCUUUCACAAUCAUGCAGUUUUCACCAUUCUGAGCACUUUUCAAGUAAUUUGGGCUAUUUUUGGGCCAAAAUUGUCAAAAGCGAACCCCACUGGAAUUUAACAAAAAUUGUACCCCCUUUGCAAAUCCUGGCUACAGACCUGACCAACAGCUCAGUGAUAGAGAUAUUGGGAACUUUCGACUUCGACUGGUCUUUCUCAGAAUGAUUCCACAUCUUUUUAUAGCUUCAAUAUGGUUGAUUAAAGCACAAGGAGAAA